AUUGGUCCGUGCCGCUUGUCUUUCAGUGGAUAAGUUGUUGUCGCAGAUACGUCAUCAAUAGGUUGCUGGUGUCCGUCAGACAUGAAUUCUUUGGAACAGGCCGAAGACCUGAAAGCAUUUGAGAGAAGACUAACAGAGUAUGUCUCCUGUUUGCAACCUGCGACAGGCAGGUGGCGAAUGAUUUUGAUAGUGGUGUCUGUCUGUACAGCGACUGGAGCUUGGAACUGGCUGAUAGACCCUGACACACAAAAGGUGCCGUUUUUUUCAUCACUGUGGAAUCAUCCAUUCUUCACCAUCAGCUGUAUUACACUAAUAGCUCUGUUCUUCGCUGGUAUACAUAAACGAGUGGUGGCACCUUCAAUUAUCGCUGCUCGCUGUCGGACGGUUUUAGCAGAAUACAACAUGUCCUGUGACGACACUGGGAAGCUUAUUCUUAAGCCACGACCAAACAUCCAAUAACAACCAUUUUUGUUGAUCAGCACUGACAUGGUUUUUGUCAUCGUGAUGAAAAUACAUCUGAAAGAGGGAAGAAAUUAAACCAUGAAGCUUUUAACAGUGUGACUGUGCUGACAUCCCCAUCAGCACUGCUGACCUGUGCACAUAUGUUUUGAUAUUUUCUUUUUAUACUUUGUGAGAUCACACACUUUUUUUCUGAUGCUGAGCAUGUAUUUUAUCUCUUUUUAAAAUGUAUUUACUGAAUAAAUGUUUUGAGUGUCAAUGGAC